UUCCGAAGUCCCUUCAGUGUCGUUGCCAGGGCUUAGCCUCCGACUGGAGGGUCGGCGCGGGGCGUGGGCCCGGGCGACUGGAGGCCGGAGGAGGAGCCCGAGGCGGCGGCCGGCCGGGAGCCGCGAGUCUUCGGCUGCUGUGACCGCUGAGGCAUUAUGGAUCCAAGUUUAUUGAGAGAACGGGAGCUGUUUAAGAAACGAGCCCUUUCCACUCCGGUGGUAGAAAAACGGCCAUUACCCUCUGAUUCAUCAUCCUCAAAGAAGAAGAAAGCAAAGGUAGAACAUGGAGGGGCAUCCGGAUCCAAACAGAGUUCUGAUCAUAGCAAUGGAUCAUUUAAUUUGAAAGCUCUGUCUGGAAGCUCUGGAUAUAAGUUUGGUGUACUUGCUAAGAUCGUGAAUUACAUGAAAACUCGGCACCAGCGAGGAGAUACACACCCUCUGACACUAGAAGAGAUUCUGGAUGAAACCCAGCAUUUAGACAUUGGACUCAAGCAGAAACAAUGGUUAAUGACUGAGGCAUUAGUAAACAAUCCCAAAAUUGAAGUGAUAGACGGGAAAUACGCCUUCAAGCCCAAGCACAACUUGAAAGAUAAGAAGGCCCUCCUUCGCCUCUUGGACCAGCAUGACCAGCGAGGGUUAGGGGGGAUUCUAUUAGAAGACAUAGAGGAAGGACUGCCUAAUUCCCAGAAAGCUGUCAAGGCUUUAGGUGACCAGAUACUAAUGGUUAAUCGUCCUGACAAGAAAAAAAUACUUUUCUUCAAUGAUAAGAGCUGUCAGUUUUCUGUGGAUGAAGAAUUCCAGAAACUGUGGAGGAGUGUCACUGUCGACUCAAUGGAUGAGGAGAAGAUUGAAGAAUAUCUGAAGCGACAGGGAAUUUCUUCAAUGCAGGAGUCUGGACCAAAGAAAGUGGCCCCGAUUCAGAGAAGGAAAAAACCUGCUUCACAGAAAAAGCGACGUUUUAAGACUCACAAUGAACACUUGGCUGGCGUGCUGAAGGAUUAUUCAGACAUUGCCCCCAGCAAAUAGGGGACACUUGGUCAUUGAACAAAGAAUUACAGAGGCAAUCACAAUCUCCUUUGUUGAUGCGUGGCAUCUG